UCACAGGCAAGGAAGAUGCUGCCAAUAACUAUGCCCGUGGCCACUACACCAUUGGCAAGAAGAUUAUUGACCUCGUCUUGGACCGAAUCCGGAAGCUGGCCGACCAGUGCACAGGGCUUUAGGGCUUCCUGGUUUUCCACAGCUUUGGUGGGGGAACCGGUUCUGGGUUCACCUCUCUGCUGAUGGAGCGGCUCUCUGUGGACUACGGCAAGAAGUCCAAGCUCGAGUUCUCCAUCUACCCAGCCCCCCAGGUCUCCACAGCUGUAGUGGAGCCCUACAACUCCAUCCUCACCACCCACACCACCCUGGAGCACUCUGACUGUGCCUUCAUGGUAGACAAUGAGGCCAUCUAUGACAUCUGUCGUAGAAACCUUGAUAUCGAGCGCCCAACCUAUACCAACCUUAAUCGCCUUAUUAGCCAGAUUGUGUCCUCCAUCACUGCUUCCCUCAGGUUUGAUGGAGCCCUGAAUGUUGACCUGACAGAAUUCCAGACCGCCGCAACAACACUGCAGUGGACUCUGAAAUGCCAUGAUUUAGACAUUUUCCAGCUGAUUACAGCACUUGAUGCUUAUACAACUGAAAAAUGCUGGGGCCAGAGACUCAACAUGGCUAGCAAAAGCUCAUUAGAGACUCAGGGCAGGAUGCAGCUCAGAGUUUAG